AUGGCGGACUGGGACUCGCUAAUUGCAGAGACAGAAGCGAGUAGUACCGCAAUAAAACCAGUUGUUCAUGAAACAGGUUUGACAGUUAACAGAGAUUUUGCAUUUGGUGAUGAUGCACAAGAAUUUUUAGAUGACAAAUUAAAAGAUGCAAUGAAUAAAGCAAUUGCUGAUCCAACAAAAAUGCCAGCAAUUGAUAAAAAGAAGAAGAAAGAUGAAUCUGCAGGCAAAGAUUGGUUUAAUAUACCAAAAUCAAAACUUACAGAAGAAGACAAGCGUGAUUGGCAGAUAUUGCAUAUGCGUAGUGUCAUUGAAAAAGGUGCUGGAAAUGUGGUUCAGCUUCCAGAAGAACCUCCGGAAUUUUUACAAUUUGGUACUAUUCAAACACAUGCAAUGGAUGGAAAGAAAGCACGUCUCACAAGAAAAGAACGUGGUGCUACCAUCUUAGAAUCUCUUGCCAAAGAUGAUACAUAUAUUAAUUAUUUGAACGAAGAAAAGGCUAAGAAACUCAAACCCAAAUAG